GGGAAUGCACCUGCUGACGGGCCUGCCCACGACAACGAGGUCACGCUCGACCAUGAGGUUGUCUGCGGGGACGCGGAGCUCUGGGACGAGCUCGUGCACGCGGACGAGAAUGACGAACACGACGGUGCUGGCGAGCCCGUCGCAGGAGCUGCCGCGAUGCUGCACGCUGCGUUGGUAGAGCCCACGGAAUUGGAUGAUGAGCCUGCGGCUGUCGAUCCUCCUGUGCCACCGCCCGCAGUUCCUGCCAUAGUGGGGCCAGACGGCGAUGGAUAUUUCUGGCGAGACGGCUACAAGAUAGGACGCAUCACACCUCAGUUCCGUGGUUCGCAAGGCGUGAAAUGUUAUUUGCACCGUGCGUGUUCUCUGCCGAUCCCAAUUCGCAAGAUGCCGAGUGCUGACCGUGUCAGGGAAUGGCUUGAGAUGGCCGAGUUGUGGACGCCAGCAGACACCGGCCCAACCUACACUGCGAAAAGGGAUGCGCACAUGACGGCCUUGAGGCGGAUUCGGGACGAGGCGUAG